AUACCAAAACCCAAUCUGUCAACAUGCCGCCCCUCUCUCCCCCCAUUUUUAAAAGGACCAACCUCUCUGUUUCUUGUUCUUCUUCUUCGACCUAACCCCUUCUCUCUCUCUCUCUCUCUCUCUCUCUCUCUCUCUCUGCUUUUCUCCUUCUGUAGGAUUAAUCAACGGUCACCAUAAACUCUUCUGAUCAUCAAGCUCUAAUUAUGGACGGUGGUAGUAAUUUCAACAAAGCCAGUAACCCUUUUGUUACUGAACAACAAUUAGAAGAAAACGACAACGUUUCGUCAGAAACAGGAGCUGAAUCUCCUCGUUCUACCACUUUCAACGACAUGAAGCUUGCUUCUCAUAAAAAAGGUAGGAAAUCUAUACAGAAAAGAGUGGUGUCAGUGCCAAUCAAGGACGUAGAAGGUUCCCGCCUUAAAGGCGAGAGUGCUCCACCGUCUGAUUCUUGGGCAUGGCGAAAGUACGGCCAAAAACCCAUCAAAGGCUCUCCUUACCCCAGAGGUUAUUACCGGUGUAGUAGCUCAAAGGGAUGUCCAGCAAGAAAGCAAGUUGAGAGGAGCCGUGUGGACCCUACAAUGUUGGUGAUCACAUACUCCUGCGAACACAAUCACCCUUGGCCCGCUUCUAGAAACAACACAACCGCAGCUAAACAAGCUGCGGCGGCGGCAGCGGCUGCAGUAGUAACGGAGACACCAAUCACAACAGCUGUAAAGCCCGAGCCAUCUACGUCGCAGCCCGGCACAGAACCCGAAUCGGGGACCGAAGAGAGGUUCGCUGAUCUGACGGACGACUCGAUUCUUAUAACGGGGGACGAAUUUGCUUGGUUCGGGGAGAUGGAAACAACGUCGUCGACAGUUUUGGAGAGUCCGAUAUUUGCAGAAAGGGACAACAGUGGGGGUGACGUGGCGAUGAUUUUCCCGAUGAGGGAAGAGGACGAGUUGUUAUUCGCUGACCUGGGCGAGUUGCCCGAGUGCUCGUUUGUGUUUAGGCAUCAAGGGAAUGUGGGACCACAGGUGGGGAUCUGCUGACACGUGGUUAAUUAGGAAUUUGCAUGUGGCGGAGGAGUCUUUGGUUUCAACGUUGUGCGGUGCGUGCCGUGUGGCGCAAGAUACCAAAUUUCAAAACGAUGACAACAAAAGAAAAAGAAAAAAAGAAAAGAAAAGAAAAACGAAAUUUUUAUUUUUUUUAAAGAAUCUCUUACGUUGCAUUACCCCUUUCAAGUACAUUUCGAAUUUCCUAUUAUUUUUUUGUUCAUUUUACAGUUUUAAUUUGCCUUGAUUUCGGUGUAGUAAAUGAAUAAAAAAUUCCGAAUUCCAAACUCUGUCGUUAUCUCGUCGUAGCUACCAACAUUUGCCGUCUGCUUAUGGGACUUUGAUUGAAUAGAAAUAAUUUUAACCAGACUUACAGCUGCAUUUCUUGAUUCUCAAAUUGGAUCUCUGGCUUCGAUGAAAAUGAUGGUACUUGCCCUUUUUAGACUUUAUGUUAUUUCCAAAUUUUCUUCAUCUCAUCUUUCUAUUCAUGCCUUGUCAAAUAAGUAAAAAAAACUUAUAACUCUGUGCUAUCAAUCAAAUCAUAUUACCAUAACAUUGUCACCGAUUACCAUGAAAUGAACAAAUUCUAAGUGGCAUUCUACUAAAUUAUGUUAAAAUUUAAUCUCAAUCGUUUACAGGUGUUAACAUGAUUUUUUUUCACAAAUUGCUGAGUUUUAGAAGUUUGGAUUAUACUAUCAACAUUUGCCGUUUGCUUAUGGGACUUGAUUGAAUAGAAACAAAUCUUUAGUCUCAUGGUUAAAGAUAUUUGAAUAGAUAUCAAAAGAUUGAUUUUGAACCAAUUUUUUUUAUUUGUAUUAAAAUUUUAUUUUCAUGAUGUAACAAAAAAACCAAGUUUAGAUUAUUCCAACAGAUAAAUGAUGUAGGAACAAGAGCUGCAAAUUGCUUCUAAAUCUUGCCUACCAAGGACAAGUUGGAUGAUCAUGACUUUCACAAAAAAAGGAAAAAAAAAUGAAGAUCAGAGGAUUCUGAUACUUUUGAUUGGAUGAAAGUUCAAAUAAUCGGCCGUCCAUACUAUAAAGUCAAAUCAACUGAAAAACUCUUAACUUUUAGGUGAUGGGAAUGGCCGGAAAAUUUCCACAGAAAAAAACAAAACCAAUUUUAUAAUUCAUUCAAACAUUAAUUGUUUCUGUUUGCAUACAUAAGGUAGUUUCACAUUAUUUUAGAUAAGCUAAUCUUUGCUUGCAUGUUAAGCUUUUCCCCCAGCUAAUAUAAUAGUAUAAGAGAAUGUAUCACAAU